GGAUUUUUUCUUUGAGGACCUACCAUCCACCUCACAGUCCACUCCCAAGAGCAGACAUGAAGAUUCACAGAUGACAGAAGACACAGAGGAUGACUCUUCAAGAGGGAAGUCCUCAAACGUGAGCAUGACUGAGAUGCAAGAGCCGCUUUCCAGCUCAAGAAUAGAUGACAUCAGCAGAAGAGUGCAGGAUCUAGUUGAAAAGAUUAACGACAGCCGCACCAGUGACCAGACAGUGAUGGACAGCUUUCAGGAAAAGUUAGUGGAGAAGGUGACAGAGAUGUGCCAGCAAAUGAAGGAGCACAUGUACACGGUCUACGAGGAGAACAGUAAUGAGAUGCAGGUGAAGCUGCAGGAGCUGUCAGAGGUGUUAGAGAGCUGCACUAAGCUCAAUACAGAGCUCAUGGAGGCCACCAACGCGCUGGCAGGUCUCAGAGAGGGUCUGGCCAUUAGCAAAAUGUCCGAACCCUGAUCAACUAGUUCCGGUUCGGAUGUCUGUAUUUUAAACUAGUUCAUGUGUUAUUCUGAAGUUGUGUACCUGUUCUUUUUUCAAGAGUACAUGACUGUGUCUUUGUUAUCAGGACAGUAGUUCAGGAUACAGCUUAUGAUUGAAUCCAAAACAAAAGCUGAAUCCAUGUUUUAGUUAUGUUCAAUUUCAGUAUUUGUUGAGUCAAUAGAUACAACUAACAAGAGCAAUUCAAAGAUAAAUUAUUUGUCUCUCAGGUAUUAACAUUUGAUAUUAAUAUAUUAUAUUGCCCCACUGUGUCUAUAUAACAUUUGUAUUUCACCAGAACUUAAAUGUGUGUGUGUGUGUGUUUGGUGACACAGAAUCUCAGCGACACUCACUCAUUCAAAGCCAUUUAUUUACAUAUCAUUAAAUUAUCACAUAAUAAACCAACUCAUAAUGCCACAACUUUUACAUGCACCUACCUGAUCAAUACCUGAAGUAUAUUUCAAGCAUCUUAACUGUACAAAUGUCGUGACAGUUGGACCCAUCACUUUCUUAAGUUGACCUUACACAUAUAUAGAAGCAGUAAUAAUCCACUCCUAUCUGUAGUUUAAAAAAAAAAAUAUAUAUAUAUAUAUAU